AUGGGCCGAGAUCAACAGGAAGCGUUCUCGUACAGGAGCCUGGACUCGUCUCAUUUGGACUGCAGGAGGAGGCACAAUGACGGAAGGCACCGCAAACUUAGCGGCUUGAUUCAGUCUGACCUCAGAAGAACGGUGAGGAAGAUUGUGAAUUUGGAUGAUCACAUUGCAUUGGCCUGUGCUGGGCUCAAAGCUGAUGCUCGUGCCUUGAUAAACAAGAAGUAUACACAAAGUGGUGGUGUUAGACCGUUUGGGCUUUCAACUUUGAUUAUUGGCUUUGACCCAUACACAGGUGCACCGGCACUAUAUCAGACAGAUCCUUUUGGGACAUUUUCAGCCUGGAAAGCAAAUGCCACUGGAAGAAACUCUAACUCAUUACGUGAGUUUCUUGAGAAAAACUACAAGGAGACAGCUGGGCAAGAAACCGUCAAGCUCGCCAUUCGUGCUUUGCUUGAGGGGAAUCAGCAACGAAGAGAAAGUACAUCUGAGGCAAAAACUGUUAUUGGUUUAAUGGUAUUGGUUUGCCACUAUUGUUUUGAUAAAGCCUUUGACAAGUUCUAUGACAUGUACAAUGCAACUUGGAAAGGUUAUGGGUUGUAG